AUGGAUCAAUCACAGACUUUGCCGAUACGCGGGCACGUUCGGAACAAGUCAUCCACGGGCAGACCAAUGAGGCCUCGGUCCUCGACUAAAGGUCCACUCGAUGUAGACGACGACCCCCUGGCUUCGCCCCUGUCUCCUCAGCAGGCGAAGCAUCUGGUUCCAUCUCGCCCACUCUCUCAGCGGGGCAGCCCACGAGUUUCUAUCGACAGACCUCACCCAUCUCCUCGUUCACCAGGCCCCCGCCGGGUUGCUAGCCCAGCCAUUCUCCCACCCAAAGACUUCUCCUACCUGCUGCGUCCUGAAAUUUACCAUCCCUUGACGCCAGUCACAAUCCCGCCUCCCUUCCGCAACUCAAGCAAGCAGCCGCCUCCAGAUUCACCGAUAGAUGAGCUGCUUUCCAGGGGCCACUUCCGUGCCGCGGCCAUCGCAGCCGUUCAGGCGCUGACCGGCACCGCGGGCCACCCUGCCCCAGCACCCACGGACUAUGCCAGGAUCUUCGAGCUGCUCUACGUGCGCCUAUCAUGCCUGACGCUCAUCGAUGCUACUCAGAUUGCAGCCCAAGAGGUCCGAGCCCUCGAGGAUGUCAACAGUGCGAUAUACAUGGACGAGAUAUCCGGCACACACCUCGUCCCCUGGGACCUGCGUGUCCUCAUCGUCCGCCUGCAAGCCAUGGGCUUCGGUGAUCCCAGGAGGGCCAUCAUGAGCUACUACGAUCUUGCCAGGGAGGCACGAGCUGAGAUAGCGACUGCAUUGACUAAUCACGAUAAUUCGGCCAGUGAGGUCUGGAAGGACCGCCUGGUGGACUUGGGCAUGAAGGUCGCUGGCGCAAUGGUUGAGAUGGAUGACCUGGCGGGUGCGGCACAUCAUCUCGCAGGUCUAAAAAGCCGCCCAGAUGGCAAGCUGAACAUGGCCAAGGCGCUUCUGUGGCUGCAUCUUGGGAACACCGACGCUGCCAGGCUGUGUGUCAAGGAAGGGGAGUCCGGAGACAGGAUCAUAUCAGCCUUGUGCGGUAUGGCUGAUGGCGAGUACGAAACUGCUCUCUCAACAUGGAAGGAGCUACGAGACGAGACGGGUGAUGAUGAGAUGAUUGCAGUCAACUUGGCUGGACGUGAGAUAUUGGAGAGCCUGGUUGACAGUGGUUUCUCCUCGCACACACUCUUGUUCAACCUGGCGACAAUAUUCGAGCUUUGUACCGACAGGUCCCGAAGCUUGAAGACUAAGCUCGUGGAACGAGUGGCUGCGAUGGAGCCGUCGACAUCAGGGUGGGAAAGGGCAAACGGUGACUUCAAACUCUGA